AUGUCUGGCAACGACAACCCCGGCAACUUCGCCAACCGCCCCAAGGAAGAAGUCAAGGCCGCGGCCCAGAAAGGCGGAGAGCACUCUCACAGCGGUGGCUUUGCUUCCAUGGAUGCCGACAAACAGCGCGAGAUCGCUUCCAAGGGCGGCAAGGCCUCAUCUGGCAACUUCGAGCCCGGCAGUGAGAAAGCCAAGGAAGCCGGACGCAAAGGAGGUCAGGCGUCUUAG